AUGCUCCAGAUCACGUGGCACCAGGGCUUCAGCAGGAACCUGCUGUCUCAGGAGCCAGUGACCUUUGAGGACGUGGCCGUGUACUUCACGCAGAACGAAUGGGUCAUCCUGGACCCUUCACAGAGGGCUCUGUACCGGGAGGUGAUGCUGGAGAAUUAUGCAAACGUGGCUUCCCUGGCUUUUCUAUUCACCAGACCUGUUCUGGUCUCCCAGCUAGAGCGAGGGGAACUGCCAUGGGGCCCGGAACCCUGGGAACCUGCGGGCAGGGAAGUCCUCGGAGGCAUCUGUCCAGAGCUCUGUAGCUCUGAGACCAGAGCUGAGAAGGAAGAGUCGAGCCCAAAGGAACACAUUCCCGAAGAAACGGAGUCCCACAGACUGACGUUAGGAGGGCUACCAGGGAACGUUCCCCAGCACCUGGACUUGGGUUGCAGCCUAGAGCAGCAGCCUGGUCACUGCAUAGCCAAGAAGACAAAGUCCAAGAGGAGAGCUUUCACAGAUGGGCCAACCAGCUGUCGCGAGGCCUACGCUGUGGAGAGUGGGGAGAAGUGUGAGAAGUCUGGGGAAAACGUUAGUGUCAGCACACAAGUCUCUACAGAUCAGACUGUGCCCGGUGGUCAGGUAUCAUACGAAUGUAGAAGAUGUGGCAGAUAUUUCAGUCGAGUGGCGGAUUUUCAGGGAUGUCACGCCGACGAAAGGUCUUUUAAAUGCAAAGAAUGUGGAAAAGCCUUCAGAUAUAACUCAUUACUUAUUCGGCAUCAGGUAAUUCACACUGGAAAGAAACCAUUUAAAUGUAAAGAGUGUGGGAAGGGCUUAAGUUCGGACACGGCCUUGAUUCAGCAUCAGAGAAUCCACACUGGAGAAAAGCCCUAUGAAUGUAAGGAGUGCGGCAAGGCCUUCAUCAGCAGCUCCGUCUUCCUCCAGCACCAGAGGUUCCACACGGGGGAGAAGCUCUAUGAAUGUCAUGAAUGUUGGAAGACUUUCAGUUGUAGCUCCAGCUUUAUCGUCCACCAGCGAGUGCACACCGGGGAGAGACACUACGAAUGUAAAGAGUGUGGGAAACGAUUGAGUUCCCCCACAGCCUUGACUCAGCAUCAGCGCAUUCACACCGGGGAGAAACCUUUCGAAUGUAAGGAGUGUGGGAAGGCCUUCAGUCAGAAAAUCACCCUGGUCCAGCAUGAGCGGGUUCACACUGGUGAGAAACCGUACGAGUGCGAGGUGUGUGGGAAAACCUUCAGCUGGUGUGGGCGAUUCACCCUGCAUCGGAAACUACACACGCAGAAGGUACCCGUGCAAGAGUAG